AUGAACGACUCCCAAAACUCCAACACUAUCCCCGAAACCGUUGUUCUCGUCCAUUUCCGCCUCGUCGAAAGAUCUGCCCCUCUAGCUCGAAACCCCACACCAUUUUAUUCCCGGCAGAACAGCUCCACCGCCAUGUUCGUACUCUCCGGAAACGCAACACUCGUUGAUUAUACUGCUGCUGCAGUUUCCAUGAUCGAUAAUGAUGAACAUGGCAUUGCGACACGGGCUCGAAAUCCUAAGACUGGGUUUUCGUUCUCCAUAGAUCUGGGUGAUUUAUUUGUGCAAUUGGCUGAUGUUCAUGAUCGGCUUCCACCGUCGUGGAUUAGAAAUGAUGAGGAGUUGAAGGGGGCUUUGAAAAUGAUGGGGAAGAGGGGAUGGGUGGAUAAUUUGAUCUAUGAGAUGACGAUUAAGGGGACUGAGUAG